ACAAGCGUUACGUAUGUUGUACUUUUCAUGUAUAUAUACGAUGAAUAACGAAAGUUAGUAUAGUUACAAGAAAAAAUAACAAAAAUAAAAUAUAGAUACGAAAAAAAAAGUUGAAUCUCUUAAGAAAGCUAUAAUGAGAUUUCUAAUGAGAUGAGGGAAAAAAAAUACAUACAAGCACACACACAACAAACGAAUAGUUGUGUUGAAAAGAAAGAAAAAAAUGGCUUCGAUAUGUAUAGACGACUUCUAAUCUGUAUUAUACUAACAUUAUGAAAAAAUUUUUGAUGAUGAACAACGUAGAGCGAAGUGAGUAUUAUAUUAAUAUUUGUUAUAAGUACGAAUGAUUAAAUUUCAAUUCAACUCUUUUAUUAUCAUAAAAGUAUUUGGGAAAAAAAAAAAAAUCUCAAAAUAAUCGAAUAGUUUCUAUUCCUUUAAUAUUGAAUAAAAUGAAAAUACAUGAAAGGAAAGGGACAGGGCAUAUUCGUUUCUUGCAACGUCCCUGGCAGUAUCACGCGACUAUGCUACAAAAUCUUCGGUGGACUAUAAUCUCGUGUACGUAUAAAACGUCCAGUUUAUUGGUGUUAGUGCUCUCAAAAUCGAGUGGCUUCGGGCAAGUGUGAGUACCGUUACGAAGCAUGCGCCCAUAACCACGGUGUCCAAUAGCCCCGCCUUUUCGACGCGAACCGAUGCCUUUGGGAUUUGUCCUCUGCCGACCAAUGAGAGAAUAGGUUGCAUCGACGAGGGGUUAAGAGACGUCAGGGAAAGGAACGCUUUCUUGUUAGUGGGGGUAAGAGAAUCGGUUGGAAGGGGACGAUCCUUGAGGAUGGUGGGUAAGUUCGCGGGGGAAGAGAAGAGAAAGGAAGGGAAGGGGAGGUAGAGAGAGGGAGGGCGGGAGGGCGGGGGAGAGAGAGAGAGAGAAAGAGAUAGAAGGAAAGAGAGAAAGAGAAAGAGAGGGAAUAGAACACCGUGUGCCGUGCGGGAGCAGGGAAACAGCAGACAACGAAUGCGACGACUGAUGCUUACGAAACCUCGCGACGUCAACGCGCUACGCGACGCCGUUUAAAACAUCAAGAUACGUUCUUUCAUAAAGGAUUGAAAUACGUCGGUGGGUUUUUCAUCGUUCGACCGAACUAACGUGUCAAAAUUGUGAUAAAAUCGUCGUCUACGAGACGGCGGUGAGGUGGUGGUGGUGGUGGCGGCGGCGGUGGUGGCGGCGGUGGUGUUGGUGGUGGUGGUGGUGGUGGCGGUGGUGGUGGUGGUGGGUGGUGGUAGUGGCAACGGCAACAACGACAACGACAACGACGACGACGACGACGACGACGACGACGACGACGACGACAACACGACGACAACGAAGACGACGACAACGGUGGUGGCGGUUUUGCCUUCGUUGCUGUGUGUUCGGAAACGUGCAUAGGUGUGACUGCGCAGUCGCUAUUUGUCACAGCCUCAGCACUGACGAUCCCUGGGCCAAUAACUAUAUCUCCAGUAAUAUCAAAUGAUGACUGCAACUCAUGAGCUUCAACAACAGCAAAACGUUCAGCAGCAACAACAGCAUGUUCAACAACAGCAACAACAAGUGCAGCAACAACAACAAGUUCAGCAGCAGGUGCAACCACAACAACAACAAAUUCAACCCCAAGUGCAGGCGCAACAACAGAUUCAGCAGCAAGUUCAACCCCAACAACAAAUGCAAGUACAACAGCAAGUGCAGCAACAAGUACAGCAGCAAGUACAGCAGCAACAACAGCAGCAGCAACAGCAACAACAGCAGCAGCAGCAGCAGCAACCGCAACAACAACAAAGUAAUGGGCCACAUAAUGUGGUACCUACACAAGUACAAGUACAACCACAGGUAGCAGCAAGUAUGCCCCAACAACAGUUACAAGGAGCAGUUGCCGUAUCAAUGCAUCAUCAGCAGCAAGGUGUUGGUGGUGUAUCUAUGGCAUUAUCUGGUCAACAAGGUGCAACAACCAUAACUACAAUGGCUGCGCAUCCCCAGGCAGUUCAAGUUAUUCAACAACCAAUACAAAGUCAAGCAUAUCAUUUGCAACAACUUUAUAAUACUCAAGCUCCGUUAUUGAUGCCUGGAAAUUUAGCUCUUCAUCCUGCUGGAAUAAAUCCAUCUUCGAUUCAGAACACUUUGCAGGUUACAACAGCUGGUAAGCCUUUUCAGUCUGCAGCUCAAUUGACACCUCAUAUGUUAACUACAGCAUCAACACCUGACCAAGGUACAGGUCAUCCUGGUGCAGGAGGGACUAAAGUACAAGGAUUUCCAACAAGUUAUUUACCCGUACCCACUUCUGCUACUCCUGAUGCAGGUCAGGCAUUGGUUUUUGGGCAGCUUGGCGUUUUAGGUUCACCACAGCCUCCGCCAUCGUUACAACAACAACAGCAGCAACAAUCAGCAAAUAAGCAAGAUCAAGUACAAAAGUAUACCACAUGUACAGCGGGUACUCCAUCCGGUGCAAGAGGACCGGGAAUGCAAUUUGCAUUAUGGCAGUUUGCACCUCAAGUCUGGACUGGAUUACAACCGCCAGCUGUUCUUACUGCUGCUCCAAACCAAAUAUUUAUUCGAAGUCCUACACAACCUGAUAUGUUCAUUCAAAGUCCACAGCCCAUCCAAGCACAUAAUGCGUUAGCCACCCAACAACAGAUUCAAGGAGUACAGCAAAUUGCCGCCGCUAGUGGGAAAGCGAAAGUAAUGGACAUACAACAAUAUCAGGCGAUGAAAAGCAAGCAGAGCACAGGCGGACAGCGGCCACUUAGCAUUUUACCAUCCUCGCUGCAAACUGUCAAUAUACGAGCUGCAAGUUCUGUUUCUACACAAACUGUUCAUGAAGUACAAGUCACGGUACACGCACAGAGUGGUAAAGUGAGUGGGAGCGGAAGUAAAGGACGUGGUAAACCAAUGCAGUCGCCUCAACAACAACAACAGCAACAGCAGCAGCAGCAACAACAACAACAGCAGCAGCAGCAACAACAGCAACAGCAACAACAACAACAACAACAAACACAACAGGCAAUGCAACAACAGCACCAACAAGUUUUCAUUCAACAAAAGCAACAUCCUCAGCAACAACAACAGCAGCAGCAAUUACAACAACAGUAUCAACAACAACAAGUACAAUCAUCUCAACAACAAAUUCAACCUAAACCUAUAAUGGGUAAGAAAUAUUCUUUGGUGACAAAUGUAGCAGGUAUGACCCUACAACAACAGCAGCAACCUGGGGUAGUCUUAGGUAGUGAACCAAGACCUAUUAUGCCUGUAGUAUCAGUAGGAAGUGUAGGAGUUGGUGUUGCUGCUACAUCACAAAUAAACCAAGUACAGCAACCUCCUAUGUCUGCUGUACAACAGCUUCCAUUAUCGGUACAAAACUAUUAUCAUACUAUAAAUCCGACGAUAAUAGGCAAUCAAAUAGUAAGUGGAACAUCGCAAGUUCAAUCUGUACCAAUAGUAAAUCGACCAACUGAACAACAACCUCAUGAUCCUAAUAACACUACAAUGAUGAUAACAUCACCCGAUCGUAAUCAUCAAGCUGACUGUUCAAUAAUUCUGCCAUCGACAAAUCUUCCUGCUGCUAAUGAUGAUAAUGUUAAAUCCGGAAAAAAAGAAGAGACUGUAUCAAUUACUUCGGAAGAGAUAUCGGUAUCCCAGCCAGAUGUAUCAGAUACCGAUCAUUCGAAAGGUCAAGUAAAAGAAGAGGAAAAUAAUACUUCAAAAACAGAUGAGAAGACAUGCAAUAAUCCUUUAGCUGGACUCGCUAAUACAGUCAAUUCUAUUACCAAUGGCGCAGCUAAUGAAGAAUCAACGAAUGUUUCUGUAUCUGUUCCUCUCACAGCAAGUAGUAAACAUGCACCUCCUAAGGCAAUGGUUAAACCUCAGGUCCUUACACAUGUGAUUGAAGGAUUUGUUAUACAAGAAGCAUCUGAACCAUUUGCAGUUAAUCGAACAUCCCUAAAUAAUACAAUGGGUCAAGAUGCAACAAAUAUUUUAAAUCGUAACAAUUCCUCUGAAAAAGAUAAUCACGAAGAACCGCCAAGGAAAAAACACGCUCCGAAUUACAACGUAGACGAAGAUGGGAACAAUGCUCAAGUUGGAAAAUGUGAAAGUUGUGGUAACAUGAUUGAUGAACAAAGUAUUAAAUUUAAAAAGGAUAAACGUUUUUGUUCUGCUAUUUGUGCAAAAAGUAAAAAGCGUGAAUCACGUGAACGAGAUAUAAUGGAAAAACAAUGGACGGAAAUGGAAAUUGAAACUAAAACUAUUGAUGUAGAAAAUAAUAAGAAAAAUGGUGAAGAUAAAUCAUUGUUAUCAACGACAACAACAACAACAACUACUUCCACGGUAGAUGAUUCAAUUCCAAAAGUGAAUCCUGUGAAAUGGACGGUAGGAGAAGUGUGCGAAUUCAUACGUGGUUUGCCAGGUUGUGCUGAUUAUGCAGAAGACUUUGCUAUUCAAGAAAUCGAUGGACAAGCUCUUAUGUUGUUAAAGGAAGAUCAUUUGAUGUCUGCCAUGAGUAUUAAAUUAGGACCUGCAUUAAAAAUAGUAGCCAGGAUCGAUUCUAUGCGCAUAGAAUCAAUGUCAAAUUCUAAUCCUACAUCUAAUAGCUCAUAAAUUAUUUCCUUUUGCAUUUGAUUUUAUAUAAAACUUGAGUUAAAGUAAUUUAUGGGCUGCAGAGGGUUUGUGCAAGUAUUCGAUUCAAUAUAAAAUGAUAAAUAUUUGAUUAUCUGCAAUAUAACAAGACUCAUUUUGUAAAUAUUUAAUUUAGGUUGUAAUAGGAGAGAAAAGAAUCAUGUAAUUCAAUUACAAUUUCAUUUCUACGAACCUGAUAAGAGUUUGCAGAAUUGGAAGGAAACUUAUUAAAAAGAAAAAGAAAAAAGCAAAAAAAAAAACAAAAAAACAAAUGAUCAUUUUUAUAAUCUUAAGAAUAUUAAGAGAGAAUUCUACAAAAGUCAGAUUAAGUAAGCCAUUAUUUCAUUUCUUGUAAUAUUAUUAAUAUGACUCUUGUAAAUAUUUGUUAAACGGUACAUUAUAGACACACAAUUAUAUUCUUAAGAAAGAAGCUAAAAUGUUUGCCUAAUAUAAUAUAUAAGAGUUAAGUAUAGGACAAUGCUUUAAGAAUGAUAUUUCUAUAAAAAGAAAAAAUAAAAAAAUAAAUAAGAGAAAAUCAUUAUAAGUCAUAAAUUUCUUACAAUUCUGUGUAAUUACAGUAAUUGUAUAAAUUCCUUACUUUAUAAAAAAUUUUGAUGUAAUGCAUUUCGACUUAUAAUGAUUAACUCUUUAAUCAUAUGUAAAUAGCAUAUACAUAUAUAUAAAUAUAUAUAUAUAUAUAUAUACAUAUAUAUAUAUAUAUUUAUUUAUAUAUAUAUAUACAUAUAUAUAUAUGUAUAUAUAUAUUUAUAUAUAUAUAAACACAAAUGGAUGGAAAUUUUUUUUAAUUUGGUAUGAACAUGUAUAUUGUAUGAAUGUUUUUUCAAAGUACAAUUUUAUAAAAUGCGUACAAUUAACAUAGUCAAGAAUCUGAGUACAAAAUGUGUCUAUUACGCAGAAUACAAGCAUUGUACAUAAGAUGUUUAGAGAUACGUGCUGUACUCUGUAUUCAAAAAAUAUUAUUUUGGGUUGCGUCCUAAUGAGAAGUAUCAUCUUCAUCACUUCAAAUUGUAAUUAAUACAGUUCUCUACUGUAGUAAAUGAAAACACAUGAACACACAUUUCUGGUACUUUUGAACAUAUAUUUUGUAAAUGUAUCACUACAAGUAGCUUCAAAUGUAUAUAUUAGAUAUAAAAUGUUUAUUUAAUAUACAAAUUUUAUAACAA